GUUUGCGCCGCGCAGGCGUCCCACGGCGCCCACCCAGAGUGUGCAAUGAGGUGCCUCAGCCUGUCAUUAAUAAAUGGGCCUUUGCUGAGCGAGGACGGCCAGCUGGGUUUCAUUGCCAACGCAGAGAUCACGCACAUAUAAAGCCGAAGACACAGAACAUAUCGCACUGAUAAUCGUCGUCAGCAGUCACAGUCACAGUCACAAAUUGUCAGUCUCUGUUGCUGACCUAGGGACAGCCAGAGCAGCUGGCUCAGCCCAUCAAAAGACACCCAUCUCAUAGCCACAAUCUGGUAUGAUAAUGAAGCCAUGAUACCUCGGCGACUUUUUCUUGGCUCGACCACGGCGCAUGCCUUGGCCCGCCGGCCGCUGGGCACUCGUGGGCGUCUUCUGCCUGCGAUUUCUCCCAGUGGACGACCAGCCCUCCAGCCAUCUAGCUUUGGCAGUCACCUGAGGAGGUGGGAAACGACUGCUACGGGCGAUGAGAGAUCUGGCCAUAUAUCCGCCGCUCCCAACGAGACCAUCCUCUUCUAUGACAAUUUGUUUCCUUUGAAGCUGAGUUACGGAUGGAUGAGUUAUUUCGUGGGUAGGCCAUGGGGAGCCGACCAAGACCUGUCGAAUCUUCUACAGAGAUUCAACAAGUCUUCUUUGGGCAUCGCCGAUCCGAUCAAUUUGGUCAAACGCGGCAUUCCAAAAGAUGACUCUCUGAACGUGACCGAAAUCAUCCCCCGGCUGAAGGAUGGUGGAGCGUUUGUGAAGUUCAGCCAUCCACCAGAAAUGACUGCCGAACAGGUCGAGACAAGACUGUCAAACUACUUGCAGGAGAAGGCCAUAAAACCUUGGUUCAACCCAUUCAGAGGGAUCCAAGUUGGCCUUGUCAAGGGAAUCCCAUGGCUUGAAGAUCUUGCCGCCAACAUCCCGCGAGCGAGGUUGAGGAUCGAAUUCAUCGCAAAAGACCCUGGCGCCGAGGCGGUGGAGCUCUCUCAGGAGACCGUAUUCAGUCUAUUUCGCAAGUUUGGUAAAAUUGCCGACAUCCAGUCUCAGCCAUCAGACUCCAAGGUUGUUCCCAGAUACACCUACCUCGAUUACGCCUUUGUGAGAGACGCGAUAAUGGCCAAGAACUGCCUCCAUGGCAUUGUGGUUCCCGAAGAAUUGGGCGGAGGCAAGGCUGGCACCAAACUGCGGCUCUCAUACGAACGUUUCACCAAGAACCACCGCUUCUGGGACUGGCUAACCAACCACCCUCGAAUCGUUGUACCAGUUAUUGCCGGUUUGCUGGCGGCCAUUACUGUUGUCAUCUUCGACCCGAUCCGGGAAUUCUUCGUCAAGGCACAUAUCCAGAAGUCUUUCAGCCUCUCCGACAAUUCAAUCUUCCAAUGGUUCAAGCGUCACACCAACGACAUCCUGGCCUUCCGGAAGCACAAGGCGGAAGAUGCGAGCUUGAAAGCCCUCUUUACCCAUCGACGUGACGCCAUUGAGCAGAUUCAAAAAUGGUUGAUGGAGUCUGCAGACACGUUUAUCGUCGUACAGGGCCCUCGCGGCUCAGGCAAGGAAGAGCUUGUGAUGGAUCAAGCGCUGGGUGGCCGCAAGGAUGUCUUGGUCAUCGACUGCAAGCCCAUUAUCGAAGCCCGAGGCGAGAGCGGCACGAUUAAGAAACUUGCUAGCGCAGUCGGAUACCGUCCGAUAUUCUCUUGGGCGAACCAAUUGAGCAGUCUCAUCGAUCUCGCCAUUCAGAGCACUACUGGGGUCAAGUCUGGCUUCUCGGAGACCCUAGACUCGCAAAUCAACAAGAUUCUCCAAAAUACCGCUGCCGCAUUGAAGGAGGUGUCUUUGUCAGGCCGUGACAAGGACUCUGGUGAUGCCGAUUCGAGCGACGAUGCCUACCUCGAGGCGCACCCGGAGAAGAGGGCGGUAGUCGUCAUUGACAACUUCCUUCUCAAGAACGAGGAGACCGGCAUUAUGUACGACAAGCUUUCGGAAUGGGCAGCGGCUCUCGUACAGGCUAAUAUCGCCCAUGUGAUCUUCAUGACCAGCGACACCUCGUACUCGAAACCGCUGUCCAAGUCACUCCCGGACCGAGUCUUCCGAACCAUUGCACUUGGUGAUCUCUCCCCCGACGUCGCAAAGAAAUUCGUCAUGAGCCACUUCGUCCAGCCCAAACCAUCAAAGGAUCGCCGUGAAGGCGGAGAUGAGAAGGCGGGAGACUCCCAGCCGGAACACAAACAGGAUCUGCGUGAGCUGGACGAGGUGAUUGAGGUCCUCGGUGGCCGUCUCACCGACCUGGAGUUCCUCGCCCGGCGAAUGAAGACGGGGCAGAGCCCGCGGCAAGCCGUGCAAGAAAUCAUCGACCAAAGCGCUUCGGAGAUCAUCAAGCUUUACCUGCUGCCCAACAAGAGCGACCGGAAGUACUCGACGGAGCAGGCCUGGUUCCUGAUCAAGGAGAUCGCCAAGAAGGAGUCGCUGCGCUACAACGAGGUCCUGCUGUCCAACACUUUCGCCUUGUCGACGAGCCCCGGCGUCGAGAACGGCGAGAUGGCCCUCGAGGCCCUCGCCAAUGCCGAACUCAUCACCGUCAGGUCACACCGUGGCCGCCCGCAGACAAUCCAAGCCGGUAAGCCUGUCUACCAGGCGGCUUUUGCCGCUCUGCUCCACGACCCGGUACUGAAGGCCCGGCUGGACCUCGCUGUUCUGAAUGAGCUGAGUAAGGUAGAAGCAAAGACCAUUGACAAGGUUGAAAAUGAGCUUAGUCUGUUGGGGUCCCUUCCUCGACAGCCUCGGGAGACUACCGAGCGCAUCAACUACCUGCUCAAUAAGCUGCAGACUUCACACAGUAAGAUCGCAGGGUUUGAGAAGGAUAUGGCAGCUCUAAAGAAGGUGCUGGCCCAGGAGGCUUGAUGAGCAGAGGUCUGCGUUGCAACCCCUAUACAGUAAGAGACCGGAUAUUCGCACCCGUAAAAACAGAGGGUACACCCAUACUAGGCAGCUUGGAGAUUAAAGUACUUAGGUUAGCACUAAACUAGUUAUCUUAUAAGCUUAUCUUAAAGAAGUUUAUCCUAGAGGAGGUUAUUUUAGAGGAGGUUAUCCUAUAGGAGGUUGUCCUAGGGGGUUGUCCUAGGGGGUUGUCCUAUAGGAGGUUGUCCUAGGGGGUUGUCCUAGGAGGUUGUCCUAGGAGGUUGUCCUAGGAGGUUGUCCUAUAGGGGGUUGUCCUAGGGGGUUGCUCUAGGAGGUUGUCCUAGGAGGUUGUUCUAUAGGGGGUUGUCCUAGGGGGUUGCCCUAGGAGGUUGUCCUAGGAGGUUGUUCUAUAGGGGGUUGUCCUAGGGGGUUGCCCUAGGAGGUUGUCCUAGGAGGUUGCCCUAUAGGAGGUUGUCUAAUAGGAGAUUGUCGUAUAGGAGUUUAUUCCUUGGGCUUGGGUGUGCCCUCUAUUUUUUCAGGUGUGAAUAUCCAAUCUCUACAAUAAUACCACCUCCACACCUUAAGAAAGAAAAGCA